AUGAAGAAGGAGGGACAACAAAGCAAAGACGAGCAGGUAGACGAAUGUGUACUCAAGAAAUACGACAUCGUGAGAAAAAUAGGAAAAGGAGCAUACGGGAUAGUGUACAAAGCCAAGUGUAAAAGGAACCGAAAAAUUGUCGCGGUGAAAAAAAUUUUUGGUGCUUUCCAAAACUCAACAGAUGCGCAAAGGACAUUCAGAGAAAUUAUGUUCCUCUAUCAAUUGAAUGGACAUGAUAAUAUCAUCACCCUCAUGGAUGUGAUAAAAGCAAAGAAUGACAACGACAUUUACUUGGUGUUCGAUUAUAUGGAGACUGAUUUACACGAAGUUAUAAAGGCAGAUCUCUUGGAAGAAAUUCAUAAAAGGUAUAUUAUUUAUCAGCUAUUGAGAGCAUUAAAGUAUAUCCACUCAGGAAUGCUUCUCCAUCGUGAUAUAAAACCUUCAAACAUUUUAUUGAACUCCGAAUGCCAUAUAAAAGUUGGAGACUUUGGAUUGGCGAGAAGUAUAUCUACAGAACUCAGUGAAAAUAAAAUUCCAGUCUUAACUGAUUACGUUGCUACAAGGUGGUACAGAGCCCCGGAAAUUCUUUUAGGAAGUACCAACUACACUGAAGGGGUGGAUAUGUGGUCUCUUGGAUGCAUCAUGGCGGAGCUCCUACUUGGUAGACCUCUCUUUAGGGGAAACUCCACAAUGAACCAACUUGAAAAAAUUAUUCAACUUAUUGGAAAGCCAACGAAAAAAGACAUGGAAGAUAUAAAAUCUCCUUUCACAGAUACCAUUAUUUCUUCUUUCGUUGAUAUAAAGCGAAAGAAUUUUUCAGACAUUUUUUCCAAGGCUUCCGUGGAGGCACUUGACCUUCUCAAACAACUUCUGCAAUUCAAUCCCACCAAACGGAUCAGCGCAGAGAACGCUCUAAAACACAAGUACGUUGAGCAAUUCCACUCCAUUAUUGAUGAACCCGUGUGCAGACACAUCAUUACCAUCCCGGUGGAUGAUAGUACCAAGUACCGAGUGAGCUUCUACAGAAAUAUUGUCUACUACGACAUUAUGCGCAGGAAGAAGUAUCACCCUGGUGGGCGCAGUUUUGAGGGGAGCGGAAAAUCCGCUGGUCAGGUGGCGGACCAUGUCAGAGAACCGGCAGAUACUCCUCUCCAUCAGAAUAUCACCAAGGACGAGUCACCUGGAAAACCCCGUCAACAGGAUCAACAGAAGGAGGAGACGAUUCCCUCGUCUUCUAGUACCAACAAGGGGAAUAUGCAGUCAACCACACCGCCCCAAAUGGAGGAAGACGGGACGAGGAUAACUUCACACAGAGGAAAAUGUGCCCCCAAAAUUAGGAGCACACAAAGUAUACAUGAUGAGAAAUCCACCAAACGGCAACCUAAGAAGAGCGACAAAAGAGAGCGCGCCGCGGAGAGGCGCAACGGGAAUGCAACUGCACAUCCGAAUGAGAAGCAUUACUACGAAGUACCUGGUGAAGGUAAAACUGGCAAUGCACACGAUGGUUAUCUCUACAAAGAGAUGAGAAACGCGCAAGGGGAAAGUAGGGAAAUUAGGACCAAGACUUCUAACGGAGAUGCAACAAGGAAGCUCCACGAAUGGUCCAAUGAGAGGGGACAAGUGGUUGCCUCAGCAACUUCCGUCAAUGUAACCAGAAGGAACGAUGAUAAGGGCGGGAGUAUGGGGGAGAGAAGGGUGGACGCCAAAACUGCGAACGUAAUCAGGGGAGAGCGCAUGGUCCGCAUUGUAAACAGAACUACAGGCAGAAUGGUGAGGAGCCACUUUGUGAACGCGGCUGACGUGGAGGCGGUAAAACAUGACCAUCCUAGAAUACAAUCAAUUACUCCCCAGAAGAAGGAAACGGUCAAGUGGAGGAAAAGAGGGGGUGACGCGGGUGCCAUGGCAAAACGUGUUGACUUUUGCGGGGCCCACUGCCACGACGUCACAGGUAAGAGAAGCUCUCCAAAAAAAAAAAAAAAAAAAAAAAAAAAAGUCCAUCGAAACAAUGUCCUUCCCUCAUAUACAACAUAUAGGCAAAAUUGUUCUUUCGCCUUUUCACUUUUCACUUUUCCCUUUUAA